CACUGAUUUUAUGUUGGUCAGGGGGGUGCGAGUAGUUAGCAGGGGGUUUUGGUUGCUGAAGAGGCGACUUUGGAAAACUGGGGGAGCAUCUCGGGUGUGGAACUGGCGGCUGUAGGUGACGGAUAGUGGGUCUUGGAUGCUGGCCCGGUGAGAGCCGAUGACGGGUGUCGUGUCCUCGCUACUGAGUCGGUGACUGAUGAUAGAUAGAGGGUCUUGGAUACUGACCCGACGGUUGUGGAUGAUGGGCAGCGGCUCUUGGAUACUGACCCGGCGAGUUGGGGUGCUGGGCUGAGGGUCUUGGAUACUGACCCGGCGAGUCGGGGUGCUGGGCUGAGGGUCUUGGAUACUGACCCGGCGAGUCGGGGUGCUGGGCUGAGGGUCUUGGAUACUGACCCGGCGAGUCGGGGUGCUGGGCUGAGGGUCUUGGAUACUGACCCGGCGACUGUGGAUGAUAGGCAGGGGCUCUUGGAUACUGACCCGGCGAGUCUGGGGGAAGGACUGAGAGUCUUGGUUACUGACCCGGGACCUGAAGGUGCUGGAUGAAAGGUUUUGGGUCUCACCUUGGGAGUUGCUGGGAGCGGCCUGGAGGGAAUCCGGCUGAGUGCUCUGUUGACCAGAAUGGGACCUCUGGGCCAUGUGAAGAUAUGGGACAAGGCCGGUGCCCGGAUGCACUCAACACCCUGCCAACCUCCUCAUCCCCCUUUGCCAACCAUCACUGUGUCCUGGAAGCCCAUUGGUCUCUCCUGGGCCUCCUGCUCCGUCCCUCAGGGUCUGAAUCUCUCUGUCCCCUCUGCUGUCAGUCGUGGUCUCUCUCACUGUCCACAGGCAGGCCUCGGAGCUUUAGUCUGGCCUGGCGCUGAGGCUGGGGGAAGGUUCCAUGACAGUUGGAGGGGUUCCAGGAGGUUGGGACGUUGGCCAUGGACUCAUGUUCUACUCUAGCUGCUCUGGAACCAAUCUCUUCAUGGGAGGAGGACCGCAAGUUCGUCCUGCGAGCCUGGUGUCUUGUCUUCAUCAUCCUGGCAACUGCGAUGCUGCUCAGUGUGCUGGACGGGCGUAUGGCCUACCUGCACGGCGCCUACACCGGCUACGUGGGCUUCUGGACCAACUGCAAGAAGCACACGUGUGCCAACCUGCGCCAAGUCACGGUUCUCAUCCACAUGAGCAUGGGCUUCAUGAUCCUGGCCGUGAUCCUGGCUCUAGUCCUCCUCCUGGCCAUGGGCUUCUCCUUCCGGCCAGCACUCCGCCGUCUUAACAAGACUGACCUCGUCUUCAGUACCCUCAGCUCCUUCACUGUGUAUGUGUGUGUCCCCGCGCGCGGGCACACUAGUCAUGCAGGGUGGGAGAGGAUGUCUCUGGCUCGCUUCUCUUUCUGGAGGUCUCUGAGUCCCUGUCCAGCCUCAUGUCCAUCUCUGGCCCCAUCUCAGUGCAGGGCUCCUGAUUCUCCUCAGCCUGACGCUCUUUAUAGCCAACUGCGAGAUGCUCCAACCGAGGCCACAGGAAUCCUGAGCUACUUAAACUACAUGGGCAUGUGGGGCAAAGGGACGUCCUCCAUGGAACGGCGGAUGAGCUACCGCCGGUGGGCCUCGCUGCAGAACACCCGGAAGUCCAUAUCCGAACAGCCGUCGUCGGACGCAGGCUCCAAGCACGUCGAGGACCUGUCCGUUUAAGAGCCUGCCCCCCCCGCCCCCGCCCCCACCCCCCCCCCCCCGCCCCCACCCCCCCCUCCCCUCCACCCCC